AUGUCUGAUCUUUGCCCAGUAUAUGCUCCCUUCUUCGGUGCCAUGGGUUGCACCAGUGCAAUCGUCUUUACCUGCAUUGGCGCGAGUUACGGCACAGCCAAGUCCGGAGUUGGCAUAUCUGCCAUGUCUAUCCUCCGACCUGACCUAAUGAUGAAGUGUGUUAUCCCAGUUAUCAUGGCUGGUAUCAUUGCUAUCUACGGUCUUGUCGUGUCGGUACUCAUCUCGGCAGAACUAACUAUGCACAUGUCAUUAUUCCAAGGAUUCGUUCAGCUGGGUGCUGGCCUCUCCGUGGGUCUUGCCGGACUAGCAGCAGGCUUUGCCAUCGGUAUUGUUGGUGACGCUGGCGUACGGGGAACUGCGCAGCAACCAAGGCUCUUUGUGGGCAUGAUUUUGAUCCUCAUUUUCGCUGAAGUGCUGGGUCUGUACGGUCUCAUCGUCGCGCUUAUCAUGAACUCGAAAGCAUCGGACAUGGCUGGCGUUUGCUCCGUAUAA